GAGCCGUUUUGAGUGACGUCAUGAGCCGGGUGUUUGACGGGGUGGCUCGGCUGCCGCAGAGCUCGAGAAAUAUGACCGACAAUGACCUCGACGGCAAUGUGCGUUAAUGUUUUGCUCUCAUCGUUUUGUACUCAGUUUAUGCAAUAAAGUGGCUUUAUUAUUGCCGUCGCUGUUGUUAUAGCCGUUUUUAGGUUAAAUCUGUGCAUUUGCUGUAGGUCAUUAGCAACGAGCCUUUCCUUAUCUCGAGAGCGCGAUAAACACAUUCAGCGCGCGCCUGUGUGUGUGUUUGAGUCUCGCCUCCAGCCUUACCGGAGACGCGCGUUGUGCACUGAAAUAUGGAUAAGGCCAAAUCAGUGAUGGAUCAGAAAGGAUCGAGUCCUUGCUACCAAAAUGGCAUGCACAAGCCGAUCCGGCGACAGCUGAGCAACGGGAGCUGUAGCCCGUACAGUCCGACGGACGAUAAUUACCACCAUCUUCACCACGACCCACAAAUCAACGGGUCCCCGGCAAAGAGGUGCCGACUGCGGAUGCGAUUGGAAUCGGCGAGGAAAAACCGACCACCAUUUCCAUGGUUUGGAAUGGACAUCGGUGGUACUUUAGUAAAGCUUGUAUACUUUGAGCCGAAAGACAUCACUGCAGAGGAGGAGCAGGAGGAGGUGGAGAAUCUGAAGAGCAUACGCAGGUACCUCACGUCCAACACAGCCUAUGGUAAAACUGGCAUCCGCGACGUGCACCUGGAGCUGCGCAACCUGACCAUCUGCGGUCGCACAGGGAACCUGCACUUCAUCCGCUUUCCCACCGCCGCCAUGCACAGAUUCAUCCAGAUGGGCAGAGAUAAGCACUUCUCUAGCUUGCACACCACACUCUGUGCCACCGGCGGCGGAGCUUACAAGUUUGAGAAUGACUUCAGGACGAUGGCAGAUUUGGAACUCCUGAAGUUGGAUGAGCUGGACUGUCUGAUCCAGGGCCUGCUGUACAUUGACUCUGUGGGUUUUAAUGGUCAUCCUGAAUGCUACUACUUUGAAAACCCAUCUGAUACACAGAACUGCAUCAAGAGACCCUGCCGCCUUGACAACCUUUUCCCCAUGUUGCUGGUCAACAUUGGCUCAGGCGUCAGCAUUCUGGCUGUGAACUCCAAGGACAACUACAAGCGUGUGACAGGCACCAGUCUUGGCGGUGGGACUUUUUUGGGUCUCUGUUGCUUGUUGACGGGUUGUGAGACGUUUGAAGAGGCACUUGAGAUGGCCAGUAAAGGGGACAGCACUAAUGUGGAUAAACUGGUGAAGGACAUCUAUGGUGGCGACUACCAGCGCUUCGGCCUACAGGGCUCUGCAGUGGCUUCAAGUUUUGGUCACAUGAUGAGCAAAGAGAAAAGGGACAGCAUUUCUAAAGAGGAUUUAGCCCGAGCGACACUGGUCACCAUCACUAACAACAUCGGCUCCAUCGCACGCAUGUGUGCAGUCAAUGAGAAAAUUGAACGGGUUGUUUUUGUUGGGAAUUUUCUACGAAUAAACACAGUGUCAACAAAGCUCCUUGCCUAUGCUAUGGACUUCUGGUCCAAGGGCCAGCUGAGGGCCCUCUUCCUUGAACAUGAGGGGUACUUCGGAGCGGUUGGUGCUUUUCUAGAGCUGCUGAAGUCGUCUGAAGAUGCAUAAAAGAAAGUUCUUAUCGCCUCUGAUUAUCCAGAAGCUGCUUUACGACUUCCACACAGAAGCUCCAACAGGAAAACUGGGAACACUGGGAAAUCUGAAAGAUGCCAUUUAUAGUUAUUAACCUGUAAAUAUCCCUUGAAAAUAAGAUUUUAAACAAUAUUUUUAUGAGUAACUUAGUCUCCCUCAGAGUUUUGAGCCUUGUUGUACACACGUUUUCCAGUUGUUCUUUUUCUUUUGUACUGUUUGUAAAUAUAAGUGUGUAAUGAACAGGGAGAGUUUACGGAUGGCCAAAUACUGCUGUGUUUAAGUUUUGCUAUCGCUGACCUACUACCAUGUGAGAGAAUAUUCAACCUUCCUGUUUGUUGUCUCUGAACCUGUUCAGUGUAAUGGUUCUUUUGGAGUCUUUUUUGUGUUCAGCUGCUGUCCAGAAUCCAAAUCAUAUCAAACAAUACUCUAGAUCAGAUAUUAUCCUAGGUGCUGUGUUAGAUGUGUCCUUAGCUAUUUUAGUCAGGAAUCCUGUAAGUUAGGAAAAAUGCUAGUCUCUAUUUCCAGUUGCCUCUAAUUUUACUUUUCAUCUUCAUUACUGUUAAAGGAAUAAUUACUUUUGAAAACAGGCUCAUAGAUGGAAAAUAAAAAGUUUACAUUUUUUAGGAUGAUACAUCUAAGAAGUGUACUUGUAUCAACGUAAUGAUCAAGGUACUUCGCUGCAGUACCAUGGCUGCAGCAGGUACUAUUAUAUUACCCAUCGUUGCCCCUGCUGCAGCCAUGAUAUGACAGCAAAGUUUCUUGAUUUUUAUGCAAGAAUAAGAGUAUAGUUUCUAGAUGUAUGAGCCUAGAAAAGGGCAAUUUCCGGUCCAGGUUAAAAGUAAGCUUUAAGUAGUAAAAUUAUUGAAAAUCUUUGACCACUUCUGAGCAAGAUGCUAAUGGUCUAAUCCAAUACAAUGAUCUAUGCUAAGCUAAGCUAAAAGUGCUCCCACCAGACCCAAAGAUCGGCUGAAUGGAUUCAGAAAUGGUCAGACUCGCCUGUUUAACUAUAAGAGAGUUGUAAAAUUAGUUUGUUUCCAAAAAAGCUGAAUAAUUCUUUACAGUUUUCCAUUCAUUUAUGCAUGUCAGCAAUCGAAUAAAUCAGUUCACCAUUUCAUUUUUACCAGAAUAGGUUAUAAAAUGUGUAUGUCAACUGAUUCACGUAAAGCCUUUCAUUUUAAAAGGAUGCACAGAAAGCUCAGGGUGUCUCACUUUUAGAUUUGAGAGGGAAUACUAUGGGACCAAGUGGCCAAUUUGACACUUCAUAUUGAAAGCUCCCAUAUAAUCCCACAUUUUUUAUUUUUCUCCAGUUUUGCUUCUUAUAUUUUUUUUAAUUCUGCCUUUUACCAUUCGUCUUUCUAUCUUACUCAAAGCUGCUUCAUUCAGAAUGCAUGCAGUUAUCUUCAUGCACCUCCUCUUUGUUAGUUGCCUUCCUCUUGUCUGUGGUUUGAAAAAUGGUACUGACAGUGCUCAAAGUUUCAGAGAAAUGGCAAAAUAGAAAUAUUAAAUCGUUAUGACAGCAAUUACCCACAAACCCCCUUUCCUCGUCCUUUCAAAAAUCAAACAUGAUUAGACGGUUCAAAGGCUCUGCCAUUGUGUUUUCAUUGUAGUGCCAAACUGAGAAUGGGAGUCCAAUCAUGCAUUCCUGCUUUGCCAGGCUUUGUAUCACAAUGCAUCUCUCAAAUAUUAAGUAUACUUGAAAGGAAAUUCAGGAUGUCAUCAAAAAUCAAAACACCACCGAUCUUCCAGUCAUUUCUGUUGUCAGACCUCUGUCUUACAGUAUAUGCCUUUUAUGUGGUUGCAUUUGUCUUUUGUUUCGUCUUGCAUUCGUUUUUUGCAUUUUAAUAUUUUUAGUUUUUUCAAAGAAUGAGUUCAAUGUCAUUUUUAAAAGAAAAUCUAAAAAAGAAAAUUGUUGGGGACCUCAAAAAGUGUUCAUGUUCACCUCUUUUGGGGUUUAAUUAAUUGCUUAAAAUGUUGUGUACAUUUUACAGUAUUUAACUAUGACUUUUGUUGGCCUUUAAUAUUUGGCAUUAAUCUAUUUACAGCACAUUCUGUGUACAAUAUUUUGCUGAGAUUCACAAACAUUGUAAUUUUUAUUUACGUUUUAUGAUUACUAAUAUAUUAUUUGUUCCUAUUGAUUUUAAUGUUUUAGGAAAACUACCAAGUUUAAAACCCUCAUUCUAGAUUUGGAUGUUCUGAUUACAAAUAUAUCAGUAUGACAGCAGUAUCUCAUAUAGACAAUUAACAUUCACACACAUUGUACUUUUUUAAACAGUUUGUUCUUGUCACACAAUGUUAGCAAGAUGCAAGUGUGAGCAUAUAUCAAAGAGUUCAAGCCUGUUUAACUGCACUUCAUAAGUCUAUACAUUAAACAGAGCUGUCACCUGUUGUGUCUGUAGUACACAGUAUUAUGUUUUUGUUUUUUUUGCAAACAUGGGAGGGGUCCUAAUUUGUUGUUGUCGACCUGUAAACUGCAAAACCGCUGCCCGUUAAAUGAGUUAUAUGUAAUGUAGAAACAACAGACAUGUCUAAAGUCUGUUUUAGUAUAUAUCAUUGACAGUUUUACUAAUGUAACUGCUUCCUCUAAAAGUUGACCUUAACUCCUCUUGCUAUGCAGUGAAGCUGAAAUCAGCUUGGUUAACACAAUCGUGCAGUAUUUAGAAACCAGCUGCUUGCGUCAUGUCUGCCACUUGUGUCAGUACUACUGUUUUUCUUUUUAAUACUGUUAAUUUCUCUUUGAUAUUUUUCUGUGUGUUUUCAUUUGAUUCCUAUGAACAUUUUUAAACAGGUGAUCCUUUGCGUUUUUGUUGAUGCUACUUUAAUUGAUGUUUUGUUCUGUUUUGAGAUUGUAAAAACAUGUAAAUAUUCUUGUCUUUGGUUUUCACCUCUCAGAUGACACUAAAGCCACUCUGCAUUGAAAUCUUGGCUUUAAAAAAUAUGAGUCUUGAUGUCUGUGUGAUUAACUGGAUUGAAUUGAAUGAUAGGAUGCAUAGACUCAUGAAAGAAGUUAAUAAUAAAUUUUUAAAAAUCAGAA